AACAGACGAGCUGACACUGAACAAAACAGAGGACUUAAAUAAAGAGGAAGUGGAAACACCUGCUGUCAGAUUUGAUGAUGAUGUUGAUGAUGCAUGGGGGUGCAGUCACUGGUGUAGAUGGUGUAUGGGAGAGGACUCAGCACACACCCCUGUGGAGGCUGUGGGCAGUGUGCAUGGUGGGGGUGUCUGCAGUUCUCUCGAAGUGGGAAGUGAUGAAGCUGAAGGCGUCUCGCUGCUGCUCAGACUGAUGUUCAGUCGUCAUCCAGACACGAUGAAGACUCCGUGUGUCUCUCUGCUCCUCGGUGUGUGUGUGCUGCUGCUGUCUGCACCGACUGUUUCUGCAGUGUCUUUGUCUGUCGGUCCAAACCUUCAGCAGUUCUUCAGAGGAUCUUCAGUGUAUCUGAGUUGUGUUGAUGAUGGACAGACAGCUGAUGGAUGGACAGUGAAGAGGACCAGAGGAGGACUCACUGAGGACUGUGGAGCAGCUCCAGGCUUUGGGAGGCUUCUUGGUUCCUACUGUGUUGUGGAUCUUUCUGCUCCCAAUGAAACCUUCUGGUGUGAGGACUCCUCUGGACAGCAGAGUGACAGAGUCUCCUUCAGUGUGCAAUCAGACACUACAGCUGUCAUCCUGGAGAUCCCUGCACUUCCUGUGAGGACAGGAAGUGAUGUCAUUCUGCGCUGCAGACAGAGGAAUGGUGCCACAGUCAAAGCUUAUUUCUUCAUCAAAGGAAGUUCUGUUGGUCAUAAACCAGAGCACAUCAUCACUAACAUCACGCAGGCUGAUGAAGGUCUCUACUCAUGUUCUACUGAUGAGGGUGGAAAGUCUCCUCAGAGCUCUCUGAGGGUCAGAGAUCCUCUCAAAAUCAUCCAUCCUCCUCCUCCUCACUGUCCUCCUCCUCCAAGCACCUCCACAAACUUUGCUCCUCCUGUAGAAACUGGUCUUACGUGUCCUCCCUGUUCUUCUCCUCCUCCUCCUCCUCCACCCUCUCUCCUGGUCCCAGUUGUAGCAGGUCUGGUCUCUGGGGUUCUCCUGGUUCUGGUUCUGGGUGGAGUUCGGUUCCUCUGCAGUAAACUAAAAGGAGGUGGGGGAGCAGACCUGUGGAGCUGUGGAGGUGACGGCUGUCUGAGACGGAGCGUCUGCCUCUGCUUUUCAGGCCUGUUUCUGCUGACUGCUGCAGGUGUGUGUGUGCUGCUGCUGUCUGCUCUGGCUGUUCCUGCAGCUCCUCCUCCCUCUGAGCUCAGACUCUUCUGCCAUCUAGUGGUCUUCUGUCCGUACUGCAUCUCCACCGGUCUGCUGCUGUCCAUCUGCUGGAGCAGGAAAAACAAACCAGCCGUCUCCAUGGAGAUGACCCAGCGUGAUGGAGGAGGUCAGGGAUUGGACAGAGAGUAUGAUGAUGUCACCACUGAGCAUGCCUUCUGAGCUGCGGAGCCUGUUAGUGUUUAAGCUGCAGAUGAUGAUUUUAACUGCUGGUAAAGACUUCACUGGUCUUUAACUUCUUCUUCAAACUCUUCCACUGGACUGCUCCACAUCAGCUCACAGUUGUUCACAUUUGUUGU